AAUGUCAAACUCAAAAUAUUGUCAAAUUGACAAUUUUUUUCAGUAGGAAUUUGUAGGUUAUGUUGAUUUCCUUUCGGUAAAUAACUAAUUAUUAAUUAAAAAGUACUAUUCAGCAAUGGCACUUCUAAAAAAUUUAAUAUUCCGUAACGCUUUUUUAAUAACCCAUAGAGCAAUAGUAUCGAUUAUACGGCCUUCAUCGAACGCUCCUGUAAUCGAAGAUGAAGAUGCACCAAUCGAAAUGGAAAACCCAUUCAAGAAGGAAAGAGUACAAUGUAUUUUGUGUAAACUAAACAUAACACCAGAUUAUAAGAAUUACCGCCUUCUGUCUCAAUUUCAAAGUCCAUACACGGGACGAAUAUACGGAAGGCAUAUAACUGGUCUUUGCAAGUCGAAACAGGCUUUAGUUGAAGCUGAGAUUAGGAAAGCACAGAACUGUGGUUAUAUGCCAUAUUAUUAUGAGGACAAAACAUUUUUGAAGGACCCCAAGCUCUUUGAUCCAGAAAAUCCUAUCCGUUCGCAUAGAUUUUAAUUUAUUUUUAGUCAUUUUAGUUUAGGUAACUGUUAUGUAUGAUGAUAUAAUAAAAUGUUAAAGAUAUA